AAACAUGAGUUCACGAAAAAUGAUGGCUUUGGGGUUUGAAAAUUUGACUGGUUAGGAGCUUAUGCGGUUCAUGGAUAAUUCAAAACCAUUGCAGGUACACAAUUUCCCCGGAACAAUAUCCAGCGACGGAGCAACUGUCCGACAAAAGAACACUAGAAGCACAGCCGGAAAAAGUUCAAGUCAUGCCAGUCAGGUCACAAACCUUCAAAGGUUCAUCAAGUCCAGAAGAUCACAAAACCCCCCUGUUUCAGAUCCUUGGGCAAAAUUACAUGCCACAGAAGAGUACUCUGAUGUGUACAUUGGUCCCCAAGAUGGGUUGAUGCAAGCUGACAAGAUCGACGCUUUGCCGGGGCAACCAGAUGGUGUAAAUUUUGAUCAGUAUGCAGGGUAUGUCACAGUUGAUCCACAGGCUGGCAGAACACUGUUCUAUUACUUUGUUGAGUCCCCACAAAAUUCUUCUACCAAUCCUUUGGUUCUAUGGCUAAAUGGAGGACCAGGAUGUUCCUCUUUGGGUGGAGCCAUGUUGGAAUUGGGGCCUUUCAGAGUCAAUUCCGAUGGGAAAACUCUCUAUCAAAAUAACUAUGCAUGGAACAAUGUGGCAAAUGUGAUUUUCUUGGAGUCUCCGGCUGGGGUGGGCUUUUCCUAUUCAAAUACAUCGGCUGAUUAUGAUCACACCGGCGACAAGAGUACUGCCAAAGAUUCCUACACCUUUCUCAUCAACUGGCUUGAGAGGUUCCCGCAGUAUAAAAAUAGUGACUUUUACAUAACCGGAGAAAGCUAUGCCGGUCAUUACGUGCCUCAGCUCACAUACACCAUUCUGCAAAAUAACAGGAAUGCAAAGACCAUCAUUAACCUCAAAGGAAUUGCUAUAGGAAAUGCAGUGAUCAAUGAUCCUACCGAUACAAAGGGGUCCUAUGAUUAUUUAUGGACGCAUGCCUUAAACUCGGAUGAAACAUAUGAAGGCAUCAACACGUUUUGCGAUUUUUUGAAUGGAACUUCAUCUGCAAAUUGUGACUUCUUCAUAGAAAAAUCCCAAGAAGAGAUUGGUGCUCUCGAUAUUUACAACAUCUACGCGCCAUACUGCAAAAAACCCACGCUAAAUGGCUCCGUCAAUGUUUUUGAUCCGUGCUCGCCCUCGUAUGUCAUAUCAUAUUUGAACACUGCAGAGGUGCAAAAAGCUCUCCAUGCAAAUCCUAUGAGUUGGAUUGGUUGCAGAGAUUAUAAUUGGACUGACAGCCCAAGAACCGUUCUACCCCUCAUCAAGGAUUUCAUUGUAAAUGGAAUAAGAGUCUUGCAAUACAGUGGUGACAUAGAUUCGGUUGUUCCGGUUACAUCAUCCAAGUACUCAAUAAGCAGCCUCAAGCUUCCAAUCCAGACAGCUUGGCGUCCUUGGUACACCAACAAUGAGGUCGGAGGAUAUGUGGUGGAAUACAAAGGCUUAACAUUUGCAACAGUAAGAGGAGCUGGACAUCUAGUUCCAAGCUACCAGCCUGAGAGAGCACUGCUCAUGAUCUCGUCAUUCCUUCAGGGGUCUCUCCCUCCUUCCUCAUGAAGAGCCAUCUAUAUUUGUACCGUGUUUGGCGUUACUCUAACUCUAAUAAAACGCUUUAGAAAGUCACAUUGUGCUGGUUAUUGCUAACCAGCCAAGCCUGACAAAUGCUCUGCUCAGUCCCAAUUAAAUUUGGCUCGUGUUGGCACAUGGCAGUUCGUCAAUAGCUUCGUUCUUUAGCAUUUGACUUCUAUGAAAGUAGCAGUUGACGAUUAUUAUAGCCACCUUACACUGUUCAUAGGCCAAGGAAUGCUUAAUUCAAUGUUGCUGGCUAAAGGUUCACUUUUUUUUGUCAGCUAAGCCACAAUUCUGUUAAAUGUCUCUAAACUUCCAACACUUCCUCAAAAUGACUACCAGUAUUACACUUUCAUAUCAUGUGUGUGUGUGUGUAUAUAUAUUCCUGUUGUAAUGAAGAAACAUGUCCACUAAUGGUGCUAUUGAAGGACAUGCAUUAUACAGUUAGUCUUGCCAAUACAGAAAAUAGAAGGAAGCAUAUUUUGGAUGGACACCCCAUGUUUGACAUUGUCUGCACACAAUUG